AUGAGCGAUACGCUGGAAAAUAUCAAAUCCUUCAUUGUACGUUGGUGGACAGCAGUCAAUACUGAUAGACGACCCAAACCGAAUCCGGCGCGAAUGGUUACCGUUCAGGAAUUACCAAUGUAUCCGGAUGAGACACCAUAUUAUAAAGAAGUCGAACAGCUACCUACGCCGAUCCAAAAGGAAAUGGCUCUAUUACGACGAGCCGCUUUACAGCGUUUUGGAGAUUUAGGGGAAUCCUAUCAGAAUGCUGAGGAAAAAUCGAAAAAGGUUCUUAAUUCUGUUCAAGAAUUUAGACAAUUUUUGCAAGAAGAUUAUGGAGUGUUGCCAAAAGCUGCUGCAAUCACCAUUGGUGGUUUUACCGGUUUUUUUCUUGGCAUGAGAAAAUCAGUGUUCCGCCAAUUUCUGUAUUCUGGGAUGGGCUUGUUAACAAUGACUGCAUUUUGUUAUCCCUAUGAAGCAAUAGCUGUCACUCGCACUGCAAUUGAGCAUGCUAAAAUUGCUUGGGAUGAUUUUGUUCGAUCACCCGAACCUCACGUAUAUUCUCGAGCGGACGAACCUCCCCCAUCGCACUGA